AUGUUGUUCAAAACAGUUUUUGGCUCAGUUAGCUACAGCUUCAGACUUAUCAAAAAGAGAAUUAGAAAAUGCAGUAAUGAUACUGCGAUCAGAGAUACUGGUGGCAAUGAGCAGGCUGCAAAGAAACUAGGCAAAGAAUUACGCCAGGGAUUGCAACGUGCCAAAACAAACUUAACUUUGGAUGAAGAUGGUGAAAUAGAUUACAUAAGAGGAAGACCUAGUUCUGGUUACCAAGGAGACACUAUUAGACCAAUGUCAGGUUCAGUUACAACAAAAAAAGGAAAGAAAAAAGGGAAAAAGUCUCAGACCUCUGUGUAUCCUAGGGAACCAAAGGAAAGCUGGACGCAUCAAGACUAUUAUGAUAGCGAUGAAUUACUUUGAUAAACAUUUAUCAUUACCGGGUACUUUUUGAUUUGUAGUUUCAUUCCAUAUUUACAAGUAUGAUAAAAUAUUUUUUUCAGUAAAAAAUUACCAGUCAAAAAAGAAAAGAAAAAAGAUUUUAACAAAAGCUUAUUAUUUGAGAUUCAUAUUUUUUUACUAUUUAGGAAAGACAACUAUAUAAAUUAGACAUUUAAUAUAAAAUAUUUUUUAUAUAUACUGUUUUUUUUUACAUUUACCCAAUAACACUUUUUUUAUUUAUUUUUUCCCAAAAGUCUUUUAUUCAAAUUAACAUGUUAUGCUAAAAUUAAGUUCUUUUUCACAUGUUUGAAAAUAAAGAAAUGGCUGUAACAGUUAUUGGCAAUUGAAGAGGGCGGUAAUGGGUGUACCUUUUAUGAGGAAUAACUGGAAAAAAAUUGCCAAAUGACAAUAAUGUUAAUUUUUGGGGCAUGACGAUAAAUUGUGCACUUUCUUUUAGACGCAUCAAAAUUAAAUGAUUGUAAUGAAAUCACGGUAAAAUUUUAAUCAAUUUGAGGCCCACUGUAGCCAAAAAUGACCUUUUGAUGCCUGACGGUAAAGGGCAUUACUACCCUCAUUGUUAUCAUCUAUCGUCAUUAAAUCUUCAUGCAUAACCUAUUGACCUCAGCAUUGUUAAAAGAAGCAUGUGUCACCUAAUUAUUUUUUACUUAUUUUUUAUUGUAAAACUGAAUAUUUAUUUCCUAUGGAUUUUUUUUAUCAUGACUGAGUGUUUGCCAUUGUCUUUUAUACAUGUCGGUGAUGCAGAUUUUAUUUUUUUGAUAGAUUAUCAUUAUUAUAUUUUUACUCUGAUCAUUUCAAUAUUGUUAUCAUUUUAUUAGCUAGAUAGUAUUUUAAGGUUAAUCUAUGUCAUUGCUUGUAGGUUAAUAAAUCUCAGUGUUUGUGUAUACUUUAUUUAUACGUUUGAUUAUGCCACGUUGACAUUUAUCUACCAUAUGACGAAGUUAUAUAGUAGUAAAGGCAUAGACAUAAUACUCACUUUUCCAAUCUUUAGAACAUGAAUUUCUUUUUUUAAAUACACUUUUGCCUAAGGAUUUGCUAGAUAAC